AUGGCACCGGCAAUGCCUUCUCGAACAGGAGUCGAGCCCAAAUGCUUUGUGGUGUGGUGUGCACUACUUCUCGCGGCAGCAAGCGGCGUGGCGGAGGGGCAGCUUGUGGAGACGACGACGACGGAUAGCCUGUUCGCCGAGGACGCGGCGGUGGUGGAGCUUGCCGGCACGAAUUGGUCGCUAGUGCAUCGCAGUGCCCCGCUCUGCCCGUGGGUGGUGCUCUUCUACAGCGGCGUCUGCGGCCACUGCAGGGCUAUCGCCCCCGCGUACCGCACUUUCGCAGCGCAGCUGGAGGAAUGCCACGAGGAAGAUCCGUUGCGGGCGGCCACACCCGCCGCUGUGAAUUGCGUCACUGAGGCGGCAACGUGCCGCGAGUACGCCGUUUCCUCCGUUCCGAUGCUUCUCCUCUUUCUUCCCUCGAACUGCUCCACUGCGGCGAACGAGACCUGCGACGCAGCAAAAGGGCGCUACGUCGUUAUGGACAGCAGCAGGCAGGGAUUGAGCCAGCUGCGGCUGCAGACGCGUCGAGGGAUUAAACAACUGCGUGGGGUUGAUGGGCCCAUGUUGGAGCGCUGUGCCAGCAUGCGCCACGCGCUGUACGCAGAAAAAAAGAAGCAGGUGCACCGAGUGACGGGCCCACCAGCCCCAUUUGUUGAAACGAGGGAGCUCUACGCCACAGACGUCGCGGGCGCCUUUUUCCUCACAAUGUGGCACGAAGUCUCGCUCGUGGGCCUUGACUCUCCAAAACCUCUGCUGGCACUUCAGAAUUUUUUGCGGCUCGUCGAACGCGCCCUCGCUGGACUUGGGGCAGGAGCACUGCUCGAGGCGGUGAAAAGAGCUGAGGGCGGGGAAGCCUUCUCCGUUAUGAGCUGGCAGAAGGCAGUGAUUGCCGCGCGUAUUCCGUACGAGGGAGACCCACGUGAGGUGCGGUGGCGCACUUGUGGCGGUUCCUCCCCAAAGUACCGCGGCUUUCCGUGUGCGAUGUGGCUCCUCUAUCACUCUCUUACCGUCAACGUCGAUGCUGCUGCCACUGCGGAAAUCAAUCCGUUGGAAACAAUUCAGAGUUAUGUACAGUAUUUUUUUUCUUGCGUGGAGUGCCGCCAGCACUUUCAGCAAUUUACCUUCAGCCGGGACAAGGACCCUGUGUUGCAGCUGUGGCGGGCCCACAACGAGGUGAACGCCCGACUCGCGGCAGUGACGGCGGGGGCCGACCCGUUCGUGCCGAAGCGGCAGUUUCCGGAUCCUGCGUUGUGCGUCCCCUGUCGCGAUGCGUCGGGCGCGUUUCAGGAGGAGGAGGUGGCGAAGUAUCUGCGCAAACGCUACGAGUGGGACCCUGACGCGGUUGCACGGCAGGUUGGCGGGGGCACCAUCGCGUUGCCGCCGCGUGAGGCGGAUGGGGCGGAACCGGCCAACGGCAAUUCAGAGCGGUGGAAUAGAGAGCAAGUGCGGCACGACCCCCUCCCGCUCCACGUGUUUCUCACGUUCUUCGUGAUCGUUGCCCUUGUGAGCGCCGGUAUUCUUCGCACCCGGCGAAGGUACAUUGGGUCGGUUCUGCACCACCGCUCCCGCCAAAAGUCGUGA